AUGAGCAAUGGACAAAAGACCGGAAGUACUCCAUUACCAGCUGUGCCAAACUCUGAAGACCCAAAAUACGGUGGCCGUGCUUCCAAUGGGCUUAUAUGGAUCGAGCAACUGGGUGAUGAACUCGGCGCUCUCGUUAGGGAUUAUGCUAGAGGGGGCGCGAUAGUCUCAAGCAAACUCACGCCGCCUGCAAAAGAACAAUCAGACAUGAUUGAACACGUCCAGGUAUUCUUAGACCAGAAAAAUCAGAUCGAUGCAGCUUCGUCGAUUGCAAUGAUUUGCUACGGGAUCAAUGAUGGGGUCUCGGCCUCUCGUCGUGGCGCUACAUCCCUAUCAAGCUCAGCCCAAGAGCUCAUUAGCCAAACCGAACUUCUCAUACAGGCUGGGAUCCAAAAUGUGGUUGUUCUUUCACCUCCAAAGGCUUCUGGUCUAUUCCCAGAGUUCAACAAUAUCAUCUGGAAUGGUUUGAAGAGUUUAAAGGCCCAAACUCCAUCCAUACAAUUUGCUUAUGUCGAUUUCUCCGCGCUCUACUCUGCUAUAAAUGCAGAUCCCCAGUCUUUUGGGCAAGACUUUUUGUAUGCCAGGUACGAAUCCGCUGAGUCGUGUCUUAAGAGUGCCACUAGUCUAGAUGGGGCGUGUCAAAACCCAGACGUUUACCUCUAUUAUAUCCCCAAUCACCCACAGAAACUCACUCAUGGACUCAUGGCCCAAUGGGCUGACGUUGUUUUAUCAAACUGUACAUGA